UCAUUUAAGCGAUUGUCUGUUUUGAACAGUGGACGUAAUACUUAGGGAGCCCGGAGUUUGAGGUGGGCUGGCUGGCCGGAAGAGCAGAGAGACUGCAGACGGGGAAAAGGGAUUGGUAUUGGGAGCUCGAAUGAGAGGGGAGAGGGCUGCAAUGAAUGAAACAGCUAAUAAGCGGUCCUCCGUGUGUAGUUUAAGGUUUGGGUCAGGUGUUUUGCCGUGUGUCUUUUCUCCCGUUCUUUGAUUCUCUGACACCAUUUCUGUUCACCAUUUUCCGGCGUGAAUGAUUUGAUUGUUUCAGAUAAAGAAGAUUGCAACAGUAGCUCGUGACUUGAAGUCAAGAUUUAUUCCAUGUUAGAGGCAGGCUUUGUAAAAUGGGCCACUCUUCAGUUGACAUUUGUUUUUAUAGCUGCUUUCAUUAUGAAAUGCGAUCUAAUGCCUGACUAGGUUAAAACCAUGUUAUAACAGUAGUUCACUAAAAUUCCUACUGCUGUAUGCAGCUUAUAUUGUUAAAUUCCAAAAUGAUGAAUAUUACAAUUUGCCAAUAAUUUUUAUGUAAAUACCAUUCUCUUCAGAGAAAAACUGUAUUUUGUGUAGAGGAGAAAGAUCUAUACGCCAUGACUCACUUAAAAAAAAAAAAAGACAAACGGAAGUGACACGGAGAGAUUGGGAAGUUCUAGUCAUCUUGAGUGACCCAUCAGAUCUAAAUGUUCUCGUGUAGCCCUGGUUUGAGUGAACUAAAUUUAGGUGUCUGAUCACCACUUUGGAAAUGGUGUGAAAACCUCUGUCAUUGUCUGGACUCAAAUUAACGGGGAGCACAAGUGGAAAUAGUGGAGGAGAGGACGCUUGGUGAUCAUUAUUUCUUUGGCAUCCCUGGCAUGUUUAUAGGAUAUCCGACACGAAGCCAGUGAUUUCCCAUGUAGAGUGGCCAAGCUUCCUAAGAACAAAAACCGAAACAGGUACAGAGAUGUCAGUCCCUUUGACCACAGUCGGAUUAAACUACAUCAAGAAGAUAAUGACUACAUCAAUGCCAGUUUGAUAAAGAUGGACGAAGCCCAAAGGAGUUACAUUCUCACGCAGGGCCCUUUGCCUAACACGUGUGGUCACUUUUGGGAGAUGGUGUGGGAGCAGAAAAGCAGGGGCGUGGUCAUGCUCAACAGAGUGAUGGAGAAAGGCUCGUUAAAAUGUGCGCAGUACUGGCCCCAGAAAGAAGAAAAAGAAAUGAUCUUCGAAGACACAAAUUUGAAACUAACCUUGAUCUCUGAAGAUAUUAAGUCGUAUUACACAGUGCGGCAGCUAGAAUUGGAAAACCUUACAUCUCAAGAAACUCGAGAGAUCCUACAUUUCCACUAUACCACGUGGCCUGACUUUGGCGUCCCAGAAUCGCCAGCUUCGUUCCUGAACUUCCUUUUUAAAGUCCGCGAGUCAGGGUCACUCAGCACGGAGCAUGGCCCUAUCGUGGUGCACUGUAGUGCGGGCAUCGGCAGGUCGGGGACCUUCUGUCUGGCUGACACCUGCCUCCUGCUGAUGGACAAGAGGAAAGAUCCUUCUUCUGUUGAUAUCAAGAAAGUUCUGUUAGAAAUGAGGAAAUUUCGGAUGGGACUGAUCCAGACAGCAGACCAGCUCCGUUUCUCCUACCUAGCUGUGAUCGAAGGUGCCAAAUUCAUCAUGGGAGACUCUUCAGUACAGGAGCAAUGGAAGGAGCUCUCCCACGAGGACCUGGAGCCCCCACCCGAACACGUCCCCCCUCCUCCCCGGCCGCCCAAACGAAUCCUAGAGCCACACAAUGGGAAGUGCAAGGAAUUCUUCCCAAACCACCAGUGGGUAAAGGACGAAACCGGGGAAGAUAAAGAAGACUGCCCCAUCAAGGAAGAAACCAAAACCCCCUCAAAUGUCCCUUGCAGCGUGGAAAGCACGAGUCCAGACACUGAAGUCAGAAGGCGGGUCAUGGGGGCAGGUCCUGCCCAGGGGGAGCCAUCACCGCCCAAGGAGGAGCAGGACCAGGCGCUGACUCCCUGGAAGCCCUUCCUGGUCAACAUGUGCAUGGCCACGGUCCUCACGGCCGGCGCGUACCUCUGCUACAGGUUCCUGUUCAGCAGCAGCACAUAAUCUCCUCCACUCCACCUCCACCCCACUGUCCGCCUCCGUGCGUAGAGCCCGCGCCCGCCUAGCAGGCACGCCGUGGUAGGUAAGGGCCGAGGACAGCGUAGCCGGCCGUGACCUGGACGGACGUUUGUUCUGCACUAGAACCACCCUCCCCGGGCUGUUGGUCUUACCCCUUUUGACGGUGUCCCCCCUCCCUUUCCUUCGAGCACCAAAUCCGCAACCCCUUUUUUUGAGGAGAACGAAGGAGAGUACAGGGCUGGUGGCCUGUGCGGGUCGCGAGGCUCGCCCUGCCCGGUGCGUGCUCUCGGCGUGGCCGGCGCGUCCGGGUGGGCGGGCAUACGCUGUCCUCCCGCGGACCUCUGAGGAGACUCCACUCCGUAUUUAUUGUUUGGUUUUUUCCCCAAAGGCGUCCGUAGUGCACUAGCAUUUUCUUAAACCAAUAAUGUAUUAAGAACUUUUGAUGUCAGCCUUGCAUCAAGGGCUUUAUCAAAAAGUACAAUAAUGAACCCUCAGGUAGUGCUGGGAACGUUAGAUUUUGCCAUGAGCCUGCUGCGUCAGACCAGUACUAGGAAGGAGGACGGUUGUAAGCAGUCGUAUUUCGUGGCAUUGUGGGUAACGUGAGAAGAGGUUUGGCAUAUGUUUAUAGGACAUGGGAUAAUAUAUAACGAACACUUGGAUAUUUAAGAUACGUGGUGUGAGAUUACUUUGUCCCAGUUACCCCCUCCCAGUUAUCUGCUAGAACCUUGUUCUCAAUCACUGCUUUCCCUGUGUGUAUUAGGAUAUGCACGUGUGGUCGUCUUGUGUCCUGAUCCAGGAUCACGUGCUUGAAAUACUUAGCCCUCUGCUUAUUAAUGUGCCCCGUGUACAAGUCCAGUCUACCUUUGCAUGACCUGAUCGUUACGCGGCUGUGGUUCCUAAGGCUGUUGCAGAAAUAAUCACCAUUCCGCAAUGGGGUGAUGUUUUCCAGUAACGGAUAUUUGCCUAAUACCUGGCAUGGCACUCUGGUGACUUCCUGGUGAGGCCCCGGCCUGUCCUUGUCCAGCUGGGUCCCACUGUAACUCAGACAUUCCAAGGGUAUGGGAAGCCAUAGUCCCACCUCACGCUCUGGACGUUUAGGCAAGCACGGUCCUGUCCCCACCCCCCCCGCCCCGCCCCCCCCCCCCUCCCCGACACCUUGGGGAUCAGCCUCCACUGUCAGAAGUUGACGCUCUUCUCGAGCAGACCGUGAUUCGGAACCAAGGCAACUGCUGGAAACCGCACUUCCUGAAGCAUCCCGGGUGUCGGGCCCUCGGAGUCCGCCUGCCGUCGUCCCGGUCCAGGGGCCUUGCUGAGAGCCACGUCUGCCCCCGCCCUUGAACCCUGGGGACUGAUGGUGCUCACGACUCUUCUGCAAGGGAACUUAAGACCUCCACGUUAAGUGGCUUUUUUAAACAAGAAGAAGAAGAAAAACAAAACAACAAAAAAAACAAACAAAAAACAAGGCAGCUGUAGCUCACGAGCUGCUCAUUCGCCAGCAUUUUCACGUGUUGCCUUUCACGUGUUAGAAGCCCGUGCAGAGAAAUUCUGUGGUGGGAACGUUUGCGGCAUCACUGUGCAGAGCCUUGGAGAGGUGCGGGUGAGGCUGAGAUGCCAGGCUGUCGGCAUUUUUGAGUUGGGCUUGUGUGUUUGUUUUUAAAGUCCUGUAUAUGUGUGCAGUAGUUUGGGUGUGUAUAUAGUAGCAUUUCAAAGUGGAUGAACUGGUUUAAGCUCCUGUCCUUGGAAACCAGAUGGCUCUCCAUCUUGUUACACGUAUGUUAGAGAAGUAGCGAGCUGCUCUGCUAUAUGCCUUAAGUCAAUAUUUACGCAUCAGGUCAUUAUUUUUUACAAUGGCCGUGGAAUAAACCAUUUGUACGAAAAUAAAAACAAACGAAAACAGCGAGGCGUUCUGGUAAAAUACCUUUUCAGGUGUGUGUAUACACGGCUGCAUGAUGGGGGGAGGGAGGGGGCGCGUCUCAGGGUCCUGUGACCUCACAGAACUAUCAGACUGUACAGUUUUCCAACUUGCCAUAUAAAUGAUGGGUUUGCGUUUUAGUUGCAACAAUAAAUUUUUUUUUCUAAAGAACACGGA